CCACGAUGGCUUGUUAAGAGACGCCAACUUUCUCAGACGAAGUGGCCCAGGAUUUCUGGAAUUCUAAAAGACAUCAACACUGUCCCUGAGGAUGGUUUUCCUGUUGAGUCAGCUCUUGAAGCAUCGGCAAGCUGCCCACCAGCCUACGCCGACACCUGUCUUUUCGAUUGCCAUUCUCCACGAAUGGCCCUUAUCCCUGUUACACACACAAAUGUCCAACUUAAUACUCCAGUUGAACAUUCGCCGACUCCCACAACUCCGUCGAAAAAUUUAAAAUCUUCGCAUUUUUCGAAUGCUGACACGCCUUUCAGACCACUAGCCAAGAAGCAAAGAUUAUUAUCACCUGCUUGCUCUAAUAGCACUCUUCUCAUUCCAGAAGAUGAACAGGAUGAGAACAUUAAUCAUUUAAACUCCGCUCCCCUUGAUGUCCUCUCACGAAGGCUGCAAGGUAAAUCGGCCCGAGCUCAAGCGUCUACCUUUGAACUUAUCAGGCAUCAUUCAACCCCUAUGCCACCAACAAGAUCACAAUUGGAAUACUUAGGAAGCAUUAGUCGGAUGCGUAUUGCGGAAGAAUGCAAGACAAAGCCUACCUCUCCAGCCCCUCAUUCGAGUCCCAUCUCAUCUCUACAUCAGUUGCCUCAAUCCCACAGAGGUGGUUCUGCAUCAGAUUUGGUUGGCAGUGCACCAAUACCGAAUACUCUCGACACUGAUAAGGUAACUUUUAUGAGUAAUUGA